AUGAGUAGAAGAACAUUUGGUAAAACAAACAAAAACAACACAAAAAAUACAGCAAAAACACAAGUUUUUACAACAGAAAUUAGUCCUAAUCAUUCAGAUACGGAGUCACAAACAGAUGAAGAAGAUGAUCAAACACAAAAUUUAAAGAAAAACAAGCUUGUUGUGGAAUGGACAGAAGAUGAUCAGAGAAAUUUAAUGGAAUUAGGUUCCUUAGAAAUCGAACGAAACAAGAGAUUAGAAAGUUUAAUUGCCAAAAGAAAAGCAAGAAAAUUGUUAAGUAUGCAACCCAGAAGACCCCAUUUUUACCCAUUUGAUGAUCAUGAUCAAAGGUUAUUAUUUGAUGAUCAAAUGGAUCAUAAUUUAGUUGUGGGGCCCAUUGUUUUAUCUAAAGAAAAAGGGGUGAUUGGUCAAUUACAUUUUAAUGAAGUUGAAAAUGAUCAUAAUCAUCAACCUGGAUCAGCUCCUUCUGUGUUGCUUCCCACAUCAAGGAAUCCUUUUGAUCUACCUUAUGAUCCUCUGGAAGAAAAGCCUGUUCUUACAGGAGGUAGUUUUGAUGAAGAUUUCUUUAUGAGUGAAGAACAAGCUAAGGAUCGUUCUAUGAGUCAUGAUUUGGAGGAUCAUGUUGGGAAAUCUGUUUUUGGUUUAUUAACAAAGCCUAGAAGUGUGUCGGAUAAACCGGGAUUUACACGAUUUAGAAGGGAAUCUGUUACAGUUAAGCCAAUACAAGAUCUAGAAGGCAAUAAUAAAAAAAAUAAUGAAGACGAAACCUUAAGUUCCCAACCUCUAGAAGAAGAAGAAUCUCAAAAAUUCGAAAAUCCUUUUGCUAUCCAUACAGAAACUGUAGACUCUGAUAAUCAUUUUAUAAGUCUAACAGAGAAUAACCAAACCCAAAUUUCAAAUCACGAAGAAGAGGAUGAUAAUUGUUUUCAUAUAGAUUCGGAACAAAUUACUUCUUCAAGAGAUGAUGAUGAAGCUCAAUCUACACAACAUCAUAUCGAUUACAAAGAAAGUGAUAAUGGUAAUGAUGAUGAAGAAGAAAGUUCGUGUUCAUCAUCUAAUAGUGAGAUGGGUAGUCGUUUAAAUGUACAUAAGAAUGAGGCGUUUAGAAACUCAGUAAGAAAGGUUCUAACUUGUUUGGCCUUCCCAAGGAAUACUGGAAUUCUAAUUAAGAAUAACACAAUUUCACUACCUAAUACUCAAACUCGCCAACUCUUUUCUACAGAAACUAGUACUUCUACCAAUGUUUUACCCACUAAGAUGCAGGAGCGAUCAUAUUACACAAACCCUCACCACACCUCAAAUUUCUCGAUAGCAUCAGACAUGCAAGUGGAGGUCUCAGAAGCUGGAUCCCCAACCAUGGCAGGAUCCUGUAGCGCCGUUGAUCCUACCUCUCCAAACUCAUCCACAGAUCAAGAAUCAUACGAUGGAGACGUGGAUAAGGAUACUAAUUACUCUGGAGAUGAUAAUGAGUUAUGGGGUGCAUCACCUCAUCCUACUAAACUUGGGGAAUUCGGACUUAGUUUUAAGUUACAAAAUGAAGCCAUACGUAAAGAAGCUUCCACCAGUUUAACACCAUUGGAUAACUUUGUCGGUGAUGUCGUAAAUCGUCGUCUUCCUCCUACGUUAAUAGAGGAACAACAACAACAUCCAGAAGUUGAUCAAGUUGAAGUUGAAGGUGAAGGGGAAGUUUCGCCGACAUCGAUUUUGCCUGAUAGUAAUCCAUUGAAGAGUAGGAUUGUGGUGGAUUUGAGGAGUGUGGAUGGAGAGAUUGUGGAGUCAAGAUCAUCACUUUCAUCAUCUUCGGAAAGUUUAACAAAUCAAAUGCAGAGUAAAGCUGAACAUAUUGCUGAAUUUUUGGCUAGUUUGCCUCCUGCGGAAUCCGCCUCUAAUGUUUUUGAGGAAGGGGAACCAUCUCAUGUUAGAGAAUCAAUAACAAUGGAAUCAAUUCAACAUGAGAUGAAUCCCAACUUUGAAGUGAAUGAAAAGUACAAAGAUGAACAAGAAGAAAGGAAUCAUGAUUUAGAGGGAUCUCAAGGAAGUAGUGAAGGAAGUACUAUUAUAACUAACCAAAUUGAAGCACCAAAAGAAAUCACAAGUUCAAGUUCUGAUGAAUUUAAUUCAAGGGAACUCAACAAAGUUCUUCAUGAUCAAUCUUCAUCCAUUUCUGAGCCUUAUGAAUAUCACUUGCGAAGCUUUGAGGAUGAAGAUAAAGAUGUAGGAAGUGAGAAUGAAGUGAUUUCCGGUCCAAUGGAAGCCAUAUCAGAUUCUUUUUCAACUAUUAGUCAGGAAAACAACCAUGAUCAAUCAAGAUUAGAAGAAUUAAAAAGUCAAAGUCAAAUCCAAAAUGAAAUUAAAGAUGACCCACUUAAUUACCAAACUAUUCAUGAUGAUGAAUCUACUACUUAUGAAGAGAAUGCGAAAGCUGAUGUUGAUUAUGUUAUGCAUCAUUCGAGUAACAUCGAAGGAGAUGAUAAAGAAGAAGAAACUCCGGAUUUAGAGACUAUAGAACAUGAUAAUGUGGUGCAACCAAGCUUGUUAGAUACAGUAAACCAAGGCAAUUUUUUGAUAAAUUAACGUAAGAUACAUUGUAGGAUUGAUUAAAUUUUGAGUUAGAAUCUCUAGUAU